AUGGAGCCGCCAGCACACUCUGCACCUUCGGUGCCCUCAAGCUCAACCGAUAGGUCCAACGCCGGCGACGCUGCAUCCCAACUAGUCCAGUGCCUGCCUCACCAUCCAUUUACCAGCAGCCAGGCUCUACACCGAACCCUAGAGAGCCGUCAGCAAGCCCUUACCCUCGCACGCGACAAACCCCGCGAGGAGUACCUAGUCUUCACUUCUGUCCCGCCAGACAUCCACACCAAACUAACCGACGACACGUCGCGAACAAGCAAAUACUGUCAAUUCUCCUACAGCGAGACAACGGGUACAGGAACACUAAUCGCAAAAGUCAAGGCCAGUCCUGAAGCUGACAUAGCCGCGCGGAGAUUCGAUACGCUCAUCGCUCUGGAACUGGAUUCGAUGGGCGUACAUGACAUAGAACCCCUUGGAUCGACCACCGUCACUAUCGGGAACUGGAAAAAGGAAGCGGAUUGCUCAUGGGGUCCUGUACAAUACAGCACUGAGCUAAGCUUCGUAGCGAUAGUGGGUUUAUCGGAAUCUGCUCGGCAUCUGGCUCUUGAUGCUCGGGCGUGGUUGGAACCGCCUACCUCUUCAGUUAAACUUGUUGUCACCAUUGCUAUCAACCGGGGAAAUCCGGAGGUUAUCAUGCAGCGUUGGGAGAUACUCACAAGGUCUUGCCCUGCAGCUCACUGCUCUUCAACAAUCCGGGUAUACCGAGACAAUAACACGUCUACCACCGGGGUGCAACUAGUGCUACCUUUCGAGAAGGUUGUAGGACGUCCAGCAACAGGACCCGCUGAAAGAGAUAUUAUACUCUCAGAGCCAGUCCUGCAGCAAUAUGCUGAGAGACUCUGGGUCAGACAAGGUUUCAUGUAG